AUGCGAACCAGUCCUGUCGGUGAAAGAAAACCAGAAACGUACAAUGAUCCAAGGGAUCAUUUAAUGGAUUUGCCCUAAGUGAGAAGUAAGUGCUAAUGUUGGCUUAGGGGAGGGAUAAGUGGGCAGUUUCCCAGAAACGUAAAUGAUCCAAGGGAUCAUUUGAUGGAUUUGCCCUAAGUGAGAAGUAAGUGUUAAUGUUGGCUUAGGGAAGGGGUAGGUAGGCAGUUUCCCAGAAACGUAUAAUGAUCUAAAUUAAGUUGGAGAAUUCAUCAUCAUUUUACUGUUUUAGUUGAUAUCCUUCGAAGUACUAGUUAGCCCAUGCCUCAUAUCAAGAGAGGUUGUUAAUUUUCCCUUUCCGGUUUUUGCAGAAAUUCUAAAAACGCAUUAACCUGUUAAACACUGGCAUAGUAUGUGGUCCUGGAGAUCUGCUAAGUACAAAUUAAAUAUAAAAGGACCUAAUAUGAAGCCUUGUGGGACGCCAGACACUAACUAUUCCUAGAUCACAGCUGGUGAAAUGAGGAUGGAUUCCCGAAAAAAAAAAAAAACAUAUAUCUAUGUUACGUGUAUACUUUAUCGUUAUUUCCCACGUACCAGAAUUGUAUCUCUGUGUUUUCCAUCAAAAGGCAAGAAUUCCCUGAUGCAAACUUCGAAACCUUCAGAAUUUACAUUCUCCAACCAUACAUAAACAGCAUCAGUUGGCUUUGUACUGCGGCCGUAUUUUGCGGAAACAAACACGUACGGCUUAGAGGCAAAGCUCUGGAAGACAAAAUACGAGGUCAAAUGAGCCUAUGGACAAUGAAAUGGACGAAGAUUGACUGAAAUUUGAUCCAUCUGUUAAUCCGUGACAGAGGCCUUGGUUUUGACAACGUUAACAAGGGCGGAUUAAGGGGUUGGCCCAGGAGGCCCAGGCCCCCCCUUUUGUGCGGAAUUUUUGUUCUUUUGUAAACGUGUGUAGGAUGGUACGUCGAGCUUUGUUACUUAACUAUAUUUUCUUAAAUAAACAUUGUUAAUACUGAAGAAAAUGUAAGGAAUGUUGUUCGAAUCAUCCGCCCUUAUAAACUAGCUUCAAACCGACAAACCGAAAGAUGCUACUGAUACCUGCCAACUUGCAGAAGCUUUAAAAGUCUUCUCAAAAGAAAGUUAUUCGUCACUAUUUGCCCGAUCUUCCAUUGCCAAACAGUGCGUCUCAGGAGCCAGAGCUGUGGAAGCGCUUUUGGUAUGGUAAUUUUAUUUCAAAUUUAAUAAGAAUACAGCACAGUUUCACUAAGUUUUUUUGUACUCAUGUACAUGGUUCUGAAACGUUUUUUCAGUGAUACGCGAAGGAAACCAUUUCUGUCUUGCGAUAUAUGUAAGUGGUUGCUUUCAUUUUCAGGAUGAAUAGAACCAAAAAACCCUCCAUUUUACAAGAAGAAUUGGCAGCCUGCAACAGAGGCCUAUACCCCAAAAUCCACACAAUUUUGCGACUCCUAAAGAUCGCCCCUGUGAAAAGUGCAACUGUGGAACGUAGCAACUCAUCACUGCGCUUUGUAAAGAGUUGUUUUAGAGGCACCGUGAGAGAAGACCGCCUUAACGCACUGUCGCUGCUCUUUAUUCACAAGGACGUUGCUCUGGAUUAUGAUGCAAUUAUUGACGACUAUGCCAAGCGCAACAAGUGAAGGAUGACAUUUAUCAAUCCCCUGCAAUGAAUUUUCUUAUGAUUGGUCUUAGAGUCAUGUCCUUGGGAUGCACUUCCUUUGUUGAAUUUUUUUUUAUUAUAAAUCUUCUUUGAAUCUGUGUUCGAAGCCUACAUUUUUGGUCGCAAAUGACCAAAGCUCCCAAAACGCAUGCAGUAAAUAUCCUUCUCAAACAAACUGGAUUUGACAAUUUUUCAGGGAGACAAUGUUGCUGCCUUUGCUGGGAGGUUAUGCUCCCGCCUCAAUCGCGUCGGCCCCCUCUAGCAUAAUAAAAUUUAAGCGUCCAGAAUGCACUAGAUUGCAUCUCAGAGAACUUCAAUCUCAAAAAUUUUCGCGGAGGACCAUGCGCCCGAAACUCCCUAGAAAAGUGCACCGCCGGCUCGCAGUCCUGAUGGGCGCUAUCGCGCUCAUAUUACCACUGUAUACAGUUACUAUAUCUCUAGGUCCCCUCUAUCACAAAAUCCUCCGUCCGGCACUGAUUGACGUUAAUGUGUUACAUACCAAAAAACCUUGAGAAAUCACAGAAAGCACAAUGUAAUUCCUGCUAAAAAGUGUUGUUCUUACAAGCAGCAUUUUUGUAUUUUAUUUUCAACAGAUUGUUAACUAAUUUCAUGAUCUAA